AUGGUUAGAAAACUGAAGCAUCAUGAACAGAAGUUACUAAGAAAGGUUGAUUUCCUUGAUUGGAAACAAGACCAGGGCCAUAGAGAUACCCAGGUGAUGAGAACAUAUCACAUCCAGAACAGAGAAGAUUAUCAUAAAUACAACAGAAUAUGUGGUGAUAUACGUCGUUUGGCUCACAAGUUAUCGCUACUACCACCAACAGAUCCAUUUAGAAGUAAGCAUGAACAACUACUAUUGGAAAAGUUAUAUAAUAUGGGCAUAUUAUCUACCAAAUCGAAGAUAUCCGAUCUAGAGAAUAAAGUCACUGUCAGUGCAAUUUGUAGGAGAAGAUUACCCGUUAUUUUACAUAGACUGAAAAUGGCUGAAACUAUUCAAGAUGCUGUCAAAUUCAUCGAACAAGGGCAUGUACGUGUAGGACCAAAUUUGAUAAAUGAUCCUGCCUAUCUUGUGACUAGAAACAUGGAAGAUUAUGUUACAUGGACCGAUAACUCUAAGAUUAAGAAAACUCUGUUGAGAUACAGGAACCAAAUUGAUGAUUUUGACUUCGCAUAA